CAAAACACUAACAAUACAUACAAUGAGCUCUCUCAGAAAGGUCUACGUUUUGGGUGGUUAUACCUCCAAGUUUAUUGGCAAGGGUCAUCCAGAUUUUAUUCACAAGAAGCACCCACUCUUUGGCAAGCAAGUCAAUCCAGAUUUGAAGACUUAUUUGGUCCAAGCUAUCCAAGAAACCCUCAAGAUGAAUAAGUGUACUGGUAAACAAGUUGAUAAAGUUUUCGUUGGUAACUUUGCUGGUGAAUGCUUCUCUCAACAAGGUCACAUUGGUUCAGGUAUUUCUGAAGCCGAUGCUGGUUUGUUGUACAAGCCAUCUUAUAGAUUGGAAGCUGCUUGUGCUUCUGGUGGUGUUGCUUUCAAUGCUGCUGUUGACUCUAUUUUGGCUGGUACCAGUGAUGUUGCUUUGGUUGUCGGUGCCGAAGAACAAAAUACUGUCAGUGCUCGUGAAGGUGCUGCUCACUUGGCAAAGGCUGCCGAUUUCAAUAGACAACGUGUUCUCGAUGAAUUUACAUUCCCAGCUUUGUAUGCUACUCGUAAGAUGCACUACUUGAAGAAGUAUGGUUCAAUUGUUAAAUCUGAAGAUGUCGAAAAGGUUGCUUUCAAGGCCUAUCAAGCUGGUAAUAAGAAUCCAUUGGCUCAAAUGUUCACUUCUAAACUCGAUCAUCAAGGUAUUAUUGAUUCACCAAAAUUCCUUUCUAACCCAGAAAUUAAGGACUUUUUGAAGAUGUGUGAAUGUUCUCAAGUUUCCGAUGGUGGUGCUGGUCUUUUGGUUCUCAGUGAAGAAGGUUUGCAAAAAUUGGGCUUGAAGCACUCUGAUGCUAUUGAAGUUUUGGCCUCCGAAGUUGCCAUUGGUAACUUGUAUCAAGAUACUCCAGAAACAUUCUCUGACUUGUUGACCACUUAUGCUGCUGCUAAGAGAGCUUACAAGAAGGCUGGUGUUUCACCAUCUGAUGUUUCCAUUGCUGAAGUUCACGACUGUUUUGCUAUUGCUGAAGUUGGUAUGAAUGAAGCUUUGGGCUUCUCCAAGCCAGGUGAAGGUGCUUUCCUCCACUUGACAAAGCCUAUGGUCAAUACUGGUGGUGGUUUGAUCUCAUUCGGUCACCCUGUUGGUGCUACUGGUGUUAAACAAAUUAACGAAGUUUUCAAGCAAAUGAAGGGUAAGGCAGGUGAUUACCAAUUGAAUGGAAGUUUGGAAGUCGGUGUCUGUGCUAACAUGGGUGGUAACGACAAGACAUCUGUUGUUUCAAUCUUUAAGAAUUUGUAAAUUAACUAGUUCAGUAACUGAACAAUUUUGGAAUCGAAUCAUUAAAAAACAAAAAACUAUUUAUCAU